CAAAGUGCAAGCUGGGGCUCCGGCAGAGCUCUGAGAGUCCAGCUGGGAUCCGAGUGUGAGCUCCGGUUGUGGGUCCAGAGGGACAAGGAGCCCGAGAGGCAGGACCAUGCCGCUGCCGCUAGUUCUUCUUCUCAGCCUCCCAGGUUGCCUCUCCAUCCAAGGCCCAGAGUCCGUGAGGGGCUUAGAGGGCGGAUCUGUGACUGUGCGGUGUGACUAUAAACCAAGAUGGGCGACCUAUAGGAAGUGGUGGUGUCGUGGAGCAUACUGGGAGUUGUGCAGGACCCUCGUUCAAACCACAGGAUCACAGGUAGAAGUGAAGGGAGACCGUGUGUCCAUUGGGGACAACCAGAGUCACCACUUCCUCACAGUGACCAUGGAGAAAGUCAGGCAAGAUGACACAGACACUUACUGGUGCGGGAUCAGCAAGAGUGGACCUGACCUCGGGGCACCUAUCAGAGUGACCAUUGAGCCAGAGGGAACACUUUUGACCACCUUGGCGAGCAUGCUAUCCAGGAGAACCACCAAUGGCCGUGCAGGGGUAUCGUCUGUCUCCUACAGCAGGAACCGCUACAUCCUUCUGGUGUUCGUGAAGGUGCCCAUCUUGCUCAUACUGGUUGGUGUUGUCCUUUGGUUGAAGGGCCUCAGUAACGACAGUCUGUCUACAUGAACUUGUCCUUGAUCUUCUCACCAAAGACACAGCAGCUCAGAAAGACGGAUGAACAGAACCUUCUGACCCCUGGACCCCAUUUCCAGAGGAGACGUGGGCUGUGGAAGAAAUGCCUCUGAGUCCUUAGGACACGGUGACUGAGGCUCGGGGUGCUAAGGUGAAGCCCGGGCACCCUCCUUGCUUGGCACAGCUCAGGGACAGAGCUCAGGG